CUAUGCCUUUAUUUAGUAGUCGCAAGCGUGAACGCUGGAGGCCCAGAAUUGUGCCAGAUGGAUGGGUGAGUGGUGCUCUAUGCUGGGUGGUAACACUCUCGGAUAGUGGACGAGAUACAACGGUACAAUGCAUUCUGGCCAUAUCUGCUGACUCACUUGUGCUGGUUGAAACGCAGACUCGUGACAUCGUUUUCGUGACACCAUGUAAAUCCAUUCUUGGCUGGGCCUCGCAGAGCAACAGCCUGCGAAUCUACUACCACCAAGGAGAAUGUACGACUGUUCACAUGAGAGAAGGAGGAGAUCGAGACGAACUGAUGGAGGUCGUUGUUAGAUUGCGUUCUGUCACUCCAGGAUCACCAGCGCAGGAAUUGACUCUGCGCAGGAACCCUCAGGGUCAGUUGGGCUUCCAUGUUCAGCCUGAUGGUGUUGUCACUCAAGUCGAAACAUCAGGUUUGGCGCAUCAAGUUGGGCUGCGGCAUGGAGCAAGGCUUGUCGAA